UUGUUCCAAUGAGCUCGGAUAGGAUCCACAGCCUCUCGGAAAGAGCACUCGAUUACCCCGGCAGCUGCUCUUGAAAUCCACACUAACCGAUGCACUAACCGGAUGCCACAGGAAACGGAACACUCCGCGGAAACGUUGCACGUUGUUCGACGUUAGAACUGGUACUGAUUGUCCAGCGCCAGCUGUUCAGCAUAUUUUAUAAUGCGAUUCCCUGACCGAUUCUGCCAGUCAUAAAAGAUUGGCUGGCGUUCUGCUUCGGGACCUGCCUGCCUCGCGUGCUUGAUAAGAAAGAUUCUCGCUGUCGCGGAGUCAAAAUAAGCUACCGGCGGGGCAUCCUCCCGCUGGCCGUGUUCUACCGCGACCUGCGGUCCAUUCCCCCUUUGUUCAAACGCCUUCGAUUUCAUUCUUAUCGAAAUCAUACGCUUGACCUCACUAGAACCGGCGUUCGAUCUGGCUGCCAUUCAGUGAACGAAACGCUGGAAAUAUAUGGCGCAAUACCAUUCACAUCUCUUGCCAUCGCCCUCCAAAUGAUAAGGGAUCUUUGCGCACAAAUGCUGUAACAACGGCGUCCGUUUGGUUGGAAGAAACACGCGACCACGAACUCGCCUUUGAAAUGCUAAUCUCCCGGUGGUCUGUGUCACGCAUCUCCCGCCGAUAUCGUCGAGUCUCCAUGGAAACGCCGGAAGUACCCAGGAAUAACUUUUUACGCGCAACUCAAAAAUAGCAUCUAGUUACGCUAGAUGACUACUGCAAGUCGCUAAAAAUACCGGAACGAGAAAAGCUAAAAUCGUUUCCUUUUAACGGCAGCUUCAAAACUUGUUUACAUUCGCGUCGUGACAGUUGUGUCGUGCAUCUCGCUCUCUUCAUCUCGUCUCUCGCUCGCUAACCAGGUGGAAUCAGGAGGUGGGGGGUGUAUCAGAAUUUCUAGUGCGUGUCACCUAGAAUGUUCGUGCUUUCGUCGUAAAUCGUAAAUCGCGCGCGCUCUCCACCGGAAGAGAAACUAGUGCUCCGUGCACUUGGAGUCUGGAAUCCUCCCAACUAUGGAUCAUCAGCACCACCAUCAAACUCGCGAACAUUCGAUAAGACGCCUGCAGUAGUGGAAUAGUGAACGUGUGAGGUGCCAGCAAGGCCACAGAAUCAAGGGUGAGCGGGCCGGCCGCAAUUCGCUUCACGUGCUGCAGUAGUAUGACUCAAUCGCUCAAGGACACGAUGAAAUCGGGUGGCAUAUAUUUUCUCGUGAUUUGUGCAUUCCUGUUCACCGCGUUCUACAACGUCGCCUCUGACGUGGACGUGAAUCGGCCUGCGGUAAUCGUGGCAGCAGCUGCUGCAACUCCGAAGCCGAUCGAUUCGAAUACAACGACAACGACCACAAAUGGAACCACAACAACAGCUGCUGGCGCUACCGCUAGUCUCUCAUCUUCCUCCGCCAACGUACCGGUCCCCGGAAAUGGGUCCUCUCUGCCAGCUGCGGCAGCUACAGCGCCAACCGGGGUAACGAUAACAUCAAGUACGGGGCUUGGUAACGUGACAACGACCGUGAAUAGCAGCACGACGACGGCAUCGGUUACUAUGUCACCAGAGAAGAGUGCCGUCGAACAGGAGCACUACAGCUCGAUGUCGAUCUUCUUCGUGCUGUGCGUGAUCGCACUCGGCAUUCUGUUGAUUCAUAUGAUGCUGCAGACCGGAUUCCAGUAUCUACCUGAAAGCAUCGUGGUGGUGUUCCUCGGUGCCCUGAUCGGGCUUAUCCUGAACGUCUCGUCCGUCAAGCACAUCGCCAACUGGGAACGAGAGGAAGUGUUCUCACCGACCGCCUUCUUCCUCGUCCUGCUGCCACCGAUCAUCUUCGAGUCGGGCUACAAUCUGCACAAAGGAAACUUUUUCCAAAACAUCGGCUCCAUUCUGGUGUUUGCCAUCAUUGGCACCACCAUCUCGGCGCUGGUCAUCGGGUCGGGCGUUUAUCUGCUUGGGCUGGCCGAGGUAGCCUAUCGCUUGAACUUUGUCGAAUCGUUCGCUUUCGGUUCGCUCAUUUCAGCGGUCGAUCCGGUGGCCACGGUCGCUAUCUUCCACGCGCUCGAUGUUGAUCCCGUACUGAACAUGUUGGUGUUUGGAGAAUCCAUUCUCAACGAUGCCAUCUCCAUCGUACUCACGACGACGGUUAUGCCGAUGGUUUCGGACCCGGGAACGAACACCGGACAAUCUAUCUUUUCCGCUCUCAACACCUUUUGCGCGAUGUUCUUCGCCUCGGCCGGCAUUGGGGUCGUGUUUGCGCUGAUGAGUGCGCUUCUGCUGAAACACAUCGAUCUACGGAAGCAUCCUUCGCUCGAGUUCGGAUUGAUGCUGGUGUUUACCUACGCACCGUACGUGUUGGCUGAGGGCAUUCAUCUAUCCGGCAUCAUGGCGAUCCUGUUCUGUGGCAUCGUGAUGUCACACUAUACGCAUUUCAACCUUUCGACCGUUACGCAAAUCACGAUGCAACAGACGAUGCGAACGCUUGCCUUCAUCGCUGAAACUUGCGUCUUUGCUUACCUCGGGCUGGCCAUCUUUUCGUUCAAGCAUCGCUGCGAGCUAUCCUUCGUGAUCUGGGCGAUCGUGCUGUGUCUGCUGGGUCGCGCCUGUAACAUCUUUCCGCUGGCCUGGUUGGUCAAUCGAUUCCGCGAGCACAAAAUUACCAAUCGCAUGGCGUUCAUUAUGUGGUUCUCAGGCCUCCGGGGCGCUAUCUCGUACGCACUGUCGCUGCACAUGCAGUUCUCGACCGAGGAGUCACGGCAUGUCGUAAUCACCACGACGCUAAUCAUCGUACUCUUCACUACACUGUUCUUCGGAGGCUCGACCAUGCCCCUCAUGAAGUACCUGCAGGGUGGCAAAAAGGUGAAGCGAGCCUCUCGAGCUGGUCGCGCUGGUCGCAAACGCAAGGAGAAGGCCCUAUCGCUCAGUAAAACACGCGAAUGGGGCCAAGCCAUCGAUUCGGAGCAUCUGUCCGAGUUGACCGAAGAGGAGGAGGUCAGCUUUACACAAGCCCGCAUUGGAGGAUUUGCCCGGUGGGAUCGCAAGUUCUUCACUCCCUUCUUUACGCGCCGUUUCACGCACCAGGAACUGCAUGAUUGUAAGAGCCAAAUGGCUGACCUCACCAACAAAUGGUACCAAGCGAUCAGGAUAUCGCCUGAUGAACCGGAGGAAGAGGAAGAUGAUGACGGAGAUGCUGAUGCGGUAUCGGAACGAUCCACCACGAACAUCGUGUUUCCCAGUUCGUCCGAUCGGGGUCGAAAAUCCUGAUGCAAGGAGGUGCCCGGUCACGGCCCGAUACGCUCGCUCCCGGUAGCCACGUCGCCGACAUCGACCUUGGCCGAACCAGCGACGAGCCCCGACGGUACCGUCGCGAGACUGUACGAUACGUCGCCACUGCGCACAGUUGAUUUCCUCUAAAGGAACCUUCAACAAGGAACGGGUAUUUGGGUGCCACACAAGUAGUUAACACAAGGAUAUACGUAAUUUAGUCGUCCUCCUGGAGCUGUGGAGUGCGCUGUGUUUUGUCCAAGUAAGAGCAGUGAGUGGGUGAAGGGUUCAGUACACAGGGAUUGGAUCAGUACACGGUUGGACGGUUUUUAGCUAAGGUUUUUACCCAGAACUAUUCGUUUCAAAUUCCUCGUAUGGUAAACUUUCUAUUCUCAAUGGUGAUAAUUCGCUAGUCAAUGUAGUCAAACGAAAGCGUGGCCGUGGAAUCGGGUUACUGUGGCACUCCAGUGCAUAUAGGAUUAAGCCAGGUGGUAUGAAGUAGGGAACCGUGGUACACGUGCAGCGUAUGACUAAUGCCAAUAGUAUUGAUCUACUAUGCCAUUCCUCAUGGUUGUUUUGAAAACAAGAUUUACGGCUUGAUCGAACGAUCAGCGGGGGGCCAUUGUGAUGGAAUCGAACGCUGGCAAAAUAACAAUAGGAAAAACCCAUAAGCCGUGGCCACACGGAGCGAAAAUUUGCGCGCAAAUUUACAAAUUAAUGCCAAAUCGUUUACGCUUCGAUAUGUUUACGUGGCCGGGUUGAGGAAAUUAAAAUCGUUUUUUUGAAGAAAAGGAUUGAAUACACUAGCAAUGAUCACUCACUGUCGAUGUAAACCACAAAAAGAACAUAUUGUGAGCCCUACCGUUUGCAAACAGCUUUUACUCUAGGUUUUACGCUCCACGGACCUAUAAUCGUUUGACAGCAUGUAAACGGCAAGCGUAAAUGUUUUGGCAUUAAUUUUUUCGUUUGCGCUAGAGUUUUCGCCCCGUGUGGCCACGGCUAUAUGGUGGCAUUCGCCACACAAGUUAAACGCCAAACAAAAAACAAAAAUAAUUACACAUUAAUCAUCUCUCGAUCCGAUAAUUAAAUCAUCCGUUAUCAGCAUCUGGGGAGUUGCUUCUAUCGAUGUAACUAAACAGCGAGGAUUCACCGCGCUCGCAUAAUAUUAUUUUGUUCGUGUCCUACGCCCAGUUAUUAUAGUAUUGGUCGCUAAAUUCAAUCUCGCGCUCCAUGCAGUACGUUUAUCGCUCUAAGCUAUCAGUACAAUAAACACAAGUCCUCUUUCGCA